UUUACCAAAAAAUUUGGAAACAACUCCAAAGUCAAUUAUCAAAGACUUCCAAGUUCUACCAUAUCUCUUUCUUCCCACCUCCUCCACAAAGCUUUCCUUUAAUGGAAAAUCAAAAUCAAACAAUAAAUCAAAUAACAGAAUUAAACCCCACAAAAUUUUACCAGGAAUUGCUAAAAUUUUCAUGCCUUCCAGAUGAAAUUAUCAUUGAAAUUCUCUUAAGGUUACCAGUAAAAUCUGUCUUGAAAUUCAGGUGUGUUUCAAAAUCUUGGCUUUCUUUAUUGUCAAGUUCACAUUUUGUCAAGACCCAAAUCAAAUUUUCAAUUAAAGAUUACAAAAAUGUGAACUUUAGACUUGUUGUAGUAGCAUCAGCAUCAGGUUUGGUUGGUAAAAUGUGCUCUAUUUACUCUAUAGUUUGUGAAAAAAGUUCCUUUGUAAAUGUUGCUAAAAUUGAUUACCCUUUGAAACCCCCUGUUGGAUCUGCUAAAUUCUUGGGAUCUUGUAAUGGAUUGAUAUGUUUAACAGCAAUGUCAUUUAAACUUAUGUUAUGGAACCCAUGUACUGGAAACUACAAGGAAUUUCAAGAUUCAAUUGUUAAGAGUGCUGUAAGUUGUUAUAUUAGAUAUGGAUUUGGUUAUGAUGCUAUUAAUGAUGAUUAUAAGGUUGUUAAAAUCUUUAGUUUUCCUAAGGAUGAGGGGAAAUAUGAGAAUAUGGUGAAGAUUUAUAGCUUAAGGAGUAAUUCGUGGAAAAUGAGUGAGAGUUUUAGUGGUGGUUAUAUAAAUGCACAAUCAGGGGUGAUAUUGAAUGAAGCUCUUCAUUGGGAAGUGAGUCAUUGUCGCGGUUCUGGUGCUCAUUCGGAGAUUAUGACUUUGGAUUUGGCUACGGAGACGUAUGGGGUAAUGGAGUUGCCUAGUUGUGGAGAUGGAAAUGUUAGUUGGACGUUAAGUGUUUUAGGUGGACGUCUAGUUGCGUGUUGCAACUAUUAUCCGGAUAAGACGGAUAUGUGGGUGAUGAAGGAGUAUGGUGUGGAAAAGUCAUGGACUAAGUUGGUUUCUCUCUCGUCGCCCUCUGGUCGUAUGGGUUAUAUCUCGCCUUUGUUUGUGUCGGAGAAUGGUGAUGAAGUUUUAGUGAAGCUCGGUACGGAUAUAAGUUUGUACGACAAGAGGAACGCUUCAUACAAAUCCUUGGAGAUUCAUGCAUCUGGUUGUUGUCUUCAAGUACAAGCGGUUACUUACUUUGAGAGCCUAGCUUCACCUCAUAUUGGUGAUAAGUAAUAAGCUUGGGAGAUUAUGGCUUUUGUAACUGUGAUAAUGGCGUUGCCUAGUUGUGGAAAUGGAAACUUCGUUGGAUGCUAAGUGUUUUGGAUAGAUAUUUAGUUGCCUGCUGCAACUAUUAUCCCGGUAGAACGGGUCUAUGGGUGAUGAAGGAGUAUGGUGUUAACUCAGAUCCAGAAUUUUAAUUCUAUAGGUUCAUGACUCAGAUUCCGAUAACUGAAUCUAUCACCUUGUUUAAGUUAUGGGUUCAUAAUUCAGUUCUUUCAACAAUUUCAGUCGGUAUUACACAGAUAAAUACAGGUCUAUACUAAAAGUUAUGAGUUCAUUUGAACCCUCAUCUAUAGGGCUAGAUCUGCCCCGGGUUUGGAGAAUUCAUGGACUAAAAUGGUGUGUGUGUCUCUCUUCUCUGGUCUCCCUUUGAUUGUAGUUGUUACAUCUCGGCUUUUUUUGUCAGAAAACAGUGAUGAAGGUCUAGUGAAGCUUUGUUCAGAUAUUAGUUUGUACAACACAUUUUCGCAUGCUUUGUCUAGUUAAGCAGCUGUCACAUGUAUUUGUAAUGCUAAGUUCUUGUUGUUGAGCUACUUGUCUCAAUCUUCUUGAAAAGUUGAGGCAAUAUAUGUAUCUGUUGUAAAAGAA